GAGGUCAUACUCAGUCAAUUUUCCAUGAAAUUCAUCUCACACAUUCUCUAAAACCCAAAAAUUUCAAUAAACCCUAGUUCUUAAUCCAACAUGCUUUCGACACAUAUACAUACAGAUAACAAUUUUGUAUCACCCAAGCCUUUUUCAUCUCAAUCCACCAUUAUCCUUCACACAUCACUCAAUUUCAAAACCGCACUGAAAAAAGAUUCAAACUUUGUUCAAAUUAGGCCAAAAAGAUUGCAUAUUUUCAAUGCCCUUUUUAGUCGAACUUCGGUUUCGGGUCAAAAUAAUGAUGGGUCAAGUAUAACCCAAGAUGAUUUUGUGACAAGGGUAUUGAAGGAAAAUCCUUCUCAAGUAGAACCCAGGUAUAAAAUUGGUGAUAAAUUGUAUACAUUGAAAGAAAAAGAGGAUUUUGCGAAUAAAAGGCGAAAUUCGAAUGGAUUUAUUAAGAAAGAAAGUGAUGGAAUGGAGUAUAAAGAUGAUGUUUAUUUGAAUGAUAUUUUGAGGAAAUUUAAGGGCAAGCUUUAUGUUCCUGAGCAGAUAUUUGUUGAGGAAUUGUCAGAAGAAGACGCGUUCGAUACGGAGUUUGAUACGUUACCAAGAAUGAGCUUUGAGGAUUUGCAGAAAGCUAUAGAGACUGAUAUGAUAAAGUUUUUGAGUUUUAAGGAAGAUGAUGGGGCUGUUAAUGGUUACAAGGAUUUUAUUGUGAUGUUGAAAGAGAUUCCUGGAGAUAAGAAUUUGCAGAAGACUAAGUGGUCAGUAAAACUAGACGGCGUUCAAGUACAAAGUGUUUUGAAGGAGUAUAAUGGACCACGAUAUGAAAUAGAAACACAAAAAAUGACAUGGAUGGCAAAAGUGCCACAAUAUCCUAAUCCAGUUGCAUCAUCAAUAUCAAGCAGGGUGAUGGUGGAACUCGGUGCAGUGACAGCUGCAAUUGCUGCAGCAGCUGUUGUUGUUAGUGGCUUUUUAGCAUCAGCAGCAUUUGCUGCAGCCAGUUUUGUUUAUGCAGGGACCGUAUAUGCCAUCUGGCCUAUCGCCAAGUCACUUUUCACUGUUCCUUUGGAAGUUCUUGUUGGUGUUCUAGAGAGAAUGGGGGAUGUCAUAUUAGACAUGUUUAUUUAUGGCGGGAUUACCUCCAAGUUCAAUGAAUUUUAUACAUUUGGGAUUUUUUCUUCUGCCACAAAAAUUGCUGGACCUAUGUUGCUGGUUGGUGUCUGCAUGGUUAUUCUUCUUCGUUUCACUCUCUCUAGAAGGCCCAAGAAUUUCAGGAAAUGGGACAUAUGGCAAGGGAUUGAAUUUUCUCAGUCUAAACCACAAGCUCGAGUUGAUGGCUCAACCGGAGUUACUUUUAGCGAUGUGGCUGGUAUCGAAAUAGCAGUCGAAGAGCUCCAAGAGUUGGUGAAAUACCUGAAGAACCCUGAACUAUUUGACAAGAUGGGGAUAAAGCCUCCUCAUGGGGUACUUCUAGAGGGGCCUCCAGGAUGCGGCAAGACCCUUGUUGCCAAGGCUAUAGCUGGUGAAGCUGGUGUUCCGUUCUACCAAAUGGCUGGGUCAGAAUUUGUCGAGGUGUUGGUUGGUGUUGGUUCUGCUCGUGUUAGGGACUUGUUCAAGAGAGCCAAGGUCAACAAGCCAUCCGUUAUUUUUAUCGAUGAGAUUGAUGCACUAGCUACAAGGCGUCAGGGAAUAUUCAGUGAUAAGACAGAUGAUCUUUACAAUGCUGCUACACAAGAAAGGGAAACUACAUUGAACCAGCUGUUGAUAGAACUGGAUGGAUUUGAUACGGGAAAAGGGGUCAUAUUCUUGGGUGCUACAAAUCGUAAGGAUUUGUUGGAUCCUGCGCUUCUCCGGCCUGGUCGCUUUGAUCGAAAGAUAAGAAUCCGUCCUCCUAAUGCAAAAGGGAGGUUGGAAAUAUUGCAAGUCCAUGCCUGCAAAGUAAAACUGUCAGAAACUGUUGAUUUGUCCGUUUUUGCCCAAAACCUUCCUGGAUGGAGUGGUGCAAGGUUGGCUCAGCUCCUUCAAGAGGCUGCUCUUGUAGCUGUCAGGAACAAACAUAGCUCAAUCCUUCAAUCAGAUGUGGGUGAAGCUGUUGAUCGGCUAACCGUGGGCCCUAAACGUGUUGCAUUAGAUUUGGGUCAUCAGGGUCAGUGUCGUCGAGCCACAACCGAAGUGGGAACUGCGUUGACUUCCCAUCUUAUAAGAAAAAUAGAGAAUGCAGAUGUUGAACCCUGUGAUCGCAUAUCAAUUCAUCCUCGUGGCCAGACACUAUCACAAGUUGUAUUUAAUCGACUCGAUGAUGAGAAGUAUUUAUUUGAACGACGGCCACAAUUGCUUCACCGCCUACAGGUUUUACUCGGAGGGAGAGCUGCUGAAGAGGUGAUUUUUGGGAGGGAUACAUCCAAGGCAUCAGUAAACUACCUUGCGGAUGCAACUUGGCUUGCUCGUAAAAUUAUCACAAUAUGGAACAUGGAGAACCCGAUGGCAAUACAUGGGGACCCACCUCCAUGGAGAAGGCUGCCUAAGUUUGUGGGCCCACGGCUAGACUUUGAAGAAUCAUUAUAUGAUGAUUAUGAUUUAAUAGAACCACCAGUCAACUUUCAUAUGGAUGAUGAAAUUGCAAAAAGAACAGAAGAGUUGGUAUCUAACAUGUAUAGAAAGACUGUUGGUUUGCUGAGACGCCACCAUACCGCUUUGCUGAAAACUGUAAAGGUUCUUCUUCGUCAAAUGGAGAUGACUGGGGAUGAAAUUGACUAUAUUUUAGACAAAUACCCACCAAAUACUCCUACAAGUCGCUUACUUGAAGAAGGAGAUCCAGGGAACCUUUCUUUUUUUAAGCAAACGCAAGGAGAAGAUCACGAGUUGGAGUAUAGCAUCUUGAAUCAAUGACAUGCUAUCGUCAUACCCAAUACUAAUAAUUGCAGUUAAAGUUUUCUUCCGAUUUGGAAUUUUGGUGUUUGUGUAAAAGGCAUAAGCAACUAGUUUUGUUUACAGAGAAAAACCGAGGUUUUAGAUGUCUGUUUUAUAGUGGUGUUGUAGAAAUCUUGAAAGUAGCAUUGUAACAAAUAUUUAUUUGGUGGUUCCUAAGUUCAUAAGAAAAUUUCUAAAUUCACUUUCAGCUGAA